CACGAUGGCGGAGGCGUCGGCGGCGGGCGCGGGGGCGGGGGCGGCCGUCCCCCCGCACCGCUUCUUCUGCCACUGCUGCAAGGGCGAGGUCAGCCCCAAACUACCGGAGUACAUCUGCCCCCGCUGCGAGUCCGGCUUCAUCGAAGAAGUGACCGAGGAGUCCAGUUUUUUAGACGGCGGCGGCGGCGGUAGCGGGAACAGCCUGGACGAGAGCACGUCGGCGCAGUUCGCGGAGCUCUGGGACCACCUGGACCACACGAUGUUCUUCCCGGACUUCCGGCCGUUCCUCAGCGGCGGUUCGCUGGACCAGGACGGCAGAGACAGCGAGCGGGGCCACCAGGCCCACGCGGACCUCUGGGGCCCCAGCCGGCCCCCGCGGCUGCCCGUCACCCGGCGCUACCGCUCCCGGGGCAGCUCUCGGCCCGACAGGUCCCCGGCCAUCGAAGGGAUCAUCCAGCAGAUCUUCGCGGGAUUUUUCGCAAAUUCGAGCAUCCCGGGGUCUCCCCACCCCUUCUCCUGGAGCGGGAUGCUGCACUCCAACCCCGGGGACUACGCCUGGGGCCAGACGGGCCUGGACGCCAUCGUCACGCAGCUCCUGGGCCAGUUGGAGAACACGGGCCCGCCCCCGGCCGACAAGGAGAAGAUCACGUCGCUUCCCACGGUGACAGUAACUCAGGAACAAGUCGACACGGGUCUGGAGUGUCCGGUGUGCAAGGACGAUUACACGGUGGCCGAAGAGGUCCGCCAGUUACCCUGCAACCACUUCUUCCACAGCCGCUGCAUCGUGCCCUGGCUGGAGCUGCACGACACGUGUCCCGUCUGCAGGAAGAGCCUGAACGGCGAGGACUCGACCCGGCACACGCGGCCCCCCGAGGCCUCCACCAGCAACGGCUUUGCCGGCGAAAGCCAACUGCAUGACCGGUGGACUUUCUGAGCCGGCCCGCGGCCCGCGCCGCUGUAAAUUGUAUAAAAACAAAACGACGACGACAAAAAAAAAAAAA